GGACAGCCUCCGCCUCCCUGAUCCUAUCGCGGGCGGCGCAGGGCCGGCUGAGCCUUCAGUGGGACGGGGACGAGAACCCGGGAAGGGGCGGGCGGGGAAUCUGUCACCCAAAUACCAGCGGGUGAGUCGGCGGCCAAACUAGCCCGGCAGGUCCGGCGGAGUAUAAGAGCUGGAGGGAGCGGCGGGCGGCAGACGCCUGGAGUGCCGUCCCACACGCCGCAGCCGGAGCCCAGCGGAGUCUCCAGCCCUCGUCAGCCCGCACCCGGUCCGCGCUCCUCCGCCCCACCAUGGCCCGGGGCCCGGGCCUCGCGCUGCCGUCGCCGUGGCUCCUGGUGCUGGCGGCGGUGAUCGGCCACGCGGCCGCGCAGAACCAGUGCGUGUGCCCCACCAACAAGAUGACCGUGUGCGACCAGCGCGACCUGAGCGGCCGCUGCCAGUGCCGCGUGCUCGGCUCGAACCAGGCGGUCAACUGCUCCACGCUCACGUCCAAGUGCCUGCUGCUCAAGGCGCGCGUGCGCGCCUCCCACAGCGGCCGCGCGCUGGUGCGGCCGAGCGAGCACGCGAUCGUGGACAACGACGGCCUGUACGACCCGGACUGCGACCAGCAGGGGCGCUUCAAGGCGCGCCAGUGCAACCAGACGUCGGUGUGCUGGUGCGUGAACUCGGUGGGCGUGCGCCGCACCGACAAGGGCGACCUGAGCCUGCAGUGCGACGAGCUAGUGCGCACCUACCACAUCCUCAUUGACCUGCGCCACCGCCCGGACGCCCCCGCCUUCAACCGCUCGGACCUGGACGCCGAGCUGCGGCAGCUCUUCCAGCAGCGCUACCUGCUGCAGCCCAAGUUCGUGAGGGCCGUGCACUAUGAGCACCCCACCAUCCAGAUCGAGCUGCGCCAGAACUCGUCGCAGAAGGUCGCCGGCGAGGUGGACAUCGGCGACGCCGCGUACUACUUCGAGAGGGACGUCAAGGGCGAGUCGCUGUUCCUAGGCCCCCGCGACCUCAACUUGCGCGUGGGCGGACACCCCCUGGUCCUGGAGCAGAUGCUCAUCUACUACCUGGACGAGAAGCCCCCCCAGUUCUCCAUGAAGCGCCUCACCGGCGGCCUCAUCGCCGUCAUCGUGGUGGUCGUGCUGGCGGUGGUCGCCGGCGUGGCCGUCCUGGUGAUCACCAAUAGGAGGAAGUCGGGGAAGUACAAGAAGGUGGAGAUCAAGGAACUGGGGGAGAUGAGACAGAAACCGAGCUUGUAGGUACCAGCGGGGCUGGGCUGGGGUGGGGUGGGGUAUCGGAUUUCAGCAAGGUUCCAGACCCGAGUCAGUCACCCUUCUUGAUUCUUGGCCCCCCGACGAGACCUUUCUCCUCUCACAUUCCUGCCUCCCCCCCCCCCCCCCACCGCCCCCGCCACCAUAUUUAAUAGAUCCUGUUCUCAGGGUCACCUCGCUUUCUGACUUCUGUCCUGAAGAAAGCAUUUCUAAAAUUCCUUCCCUUUCAGUCCAACCAGAAACCUGACUCCAAGAGUUAAGGGAAGUUUGGCAUAGGGUUAUGUAUAAGAAUCAAGUGUCUGUAUGACAACCCAGCCUGGUUUACAAAUGCGGAAAUCCAUGCUGAAGACUUAAACGCUUUUAGCUGGGAAUCAGCUGCUGUCUUGGGUUUAAGUUAUUUCAUUAGCUCCACUUGUAUCGUGGCCUUCCUGAUGAGGAGUUCGCUAAUUGGGCCCAUGUUGUAUCUUCAUUUCCUAUCGUUUGUAUUACCGACCACACAUGCUUGUCACCGGGAAAGAAGCCUGUCUGAGCUGCCUGCACACAUUUUAGAUGUCUUUAUUUGAGGGCAGACUUUGGCCCAGAAACUCAGCAUCUGUCCUUCAACUUGCCCUUAUUACAGCUGAUAAUAGUAAUGUUUCUUUUGUAAAAUGUUUGUACAUAGGUUGUCUUUGAUAAUGCUGUUGUGAUUUUUUUUUUUUAAAAAACAUGAAUUUAAUAAAAUAUGGA